AUGCUUACCACACGAACCUUGACCAGGUCGCCCCAAGAUAUGCUAGAUCCGCACAUUCGCGCUGUCGGAUUCGACGACGAAUCCCACAUUAUGACUGUUGUUACGCAUUGCCGAGCACUUUGGGCUACGGAUCCUGCGAUUGAGAAAACGAAUGAUGAAGGUGCCGGCGAGCAAGCAGCCGGCAACGCUGCCCCGAACCCAUUUCAAUUUGGAAGCAGAUUGCAGCUUGGAGAGUGUCACUACCACCCGCCGAAACACCAAGUGCUCAGCGUGCCGUUUACUACCAGCCACAAUGAGGACGGCACUGAGGGUGAAGCACCAGCCGCCGUCUGCAAGAAAUGGAAGACCCACAUGCUUCUCAUACCCACGUUCUUGGCAACCGGUGUCACAACCCGCGCUACUCUCCAGGACGAGCAGAACGACCAGGAGAGGGAUUUGGGCAUCUUUGACAAGUCAACGGCGCACAAGUUUGAGCUGUGCUACUUGUGUAGAAGCCUCACAAUACGCUUGUAUGUCGAGGGGGAAAAUUCUCAAAACAACAAGAUCGCCGCUGUCAUGGUGCUUGGAGAGCUGACAGCCGGCAUGUUGGUAAACAGGUCGGGCAACCCAUUUCAUGUCUUUUGCUCUCAGUCAUCCGUCUAUGACCAUCAGGAGGUUAUGGAGAUUGUUGACAGGAGUCCUUGAAGCAGUAUGCAUGACAAGAGCAAUCCAUAUCGUUGUCUCGGGAAAAUUAUAACAUUGGAUAUAGAUUGAUGAGACAUGCAAGACCAUUGCCAAAUAAAACUAACGAAUGUAGGAUGUAUAAAUGAGACCUAUGUU